AUCCUGUAUGUGUUUCAUACCGUACCAUGCCUGGAACACGGCGAGGAGUCCAUGCAUUGCUGUGGUAACGAUUGGAUAAUUUGAGUUAGCUGCAGAAAGAGACGCGUUCUUCUUCGAUUUUUCUGCAUCUCGCAGAAUAGCGGAGAAGUUUACUCCACAUUAAUUGAGGCAUCGAGUGGAAAUACUUCUGAAAGAUUCAAGGUCCAAUUGCAUUGGUGGGAUAACUACCCAUGACUCUAUUUUGAUAGAAAGUGACUGAUAUUCUUCUCCAGUUUCGGCGUCUCUCCAUUAAAUUCAGGUUUACCUCUUUAUACCAUUUUAUUGGAGAAGAAGGGGAGGAAAUCCUGUAUAACCAGGCGAGUGCUCGGAGCUCGGAGAUAGGUUCAACCUCCAGGGAUAAAAGAGGUUGGCCAGUUAAUAUACUUACAGAUCGAAAUCGUCCUUCAUCGGGAGGAGAGUUUAUUCGUCACCUAGCAACUAAUCACCCCUAGCAACAAGAUGAUGCGGUCAUCUUUACUUGUGCUCCUGGCGUGUCUGUCGACCGUCGUAGUCGCUCAGUCGAAUGUUAUCAAUGGCCCGAAUGUUUGUGGUAUGAGAUUCUAUUCAUAUUGUUGCCCUGGAUGGCGCCUUCAUCCAAGAACGAAACAGUGUGUGGUCCCUGUUUGCAAUCGUCCAUGCGGGUCGGGUUACUGUCAGCGUCCAAACUCCUGCUCCUGUCCGGGUGGACAGAUCUCAGUCAGUGGAUGCGAUGGCUACUCUGGUGGAAACCCAUGUACUACGCAGUGUUUAAAUGGAGGGUCUUGUCAAGGGAACUCCUGCAACUGUCCCAAUGGAUUCUCGGGAACUAAUUGUGGCAUGCCCACGUGCAAUCCGCCCUGCCAGAAUGGGGGUGAGUGCAGCGGAGGAAACAGGUGUUCAUGCCCUCCCGGUUUUGGUGGGAGUCAAUGCCAGACAGACUACAGGACAGGCGUGUGCUACCUCCAAUCAACAAGCAAUGGCUACUGUUCUGCCGGAGUAGAAGGCUUGCAUUGCACCAAGGCAUUAUGCUGUGCUACCAUCGGCCAGGGAUGGGGGGACCCAUGUGAAAACUGUGAUACCUUUGAUAAUCCAUGCGACAGGGGUUAUAUUCUCAAUGGACGAACUGGACAGUGCAUUGAUGCUGAUGAAUGCUUGAUGAUCCCAGGUCUCUGUGAUGGAGGUCAAUGCACUAACACCCAAGGGUCAUACGCCUGCCAGUGUCCCGCAGGCUUUGAACUGAGUAUGAGUACUCUAUCGUGUGUAGACAUGAAUGAAUGUCAGACAGGUUACCUAUGUCAGAAUGGACGCUGCAUCAACACACAGGGGAGCUUCAGAUGUGAUUGUAAUCCGGGAUAUUUCUUGGGUCAAGAUGGUCAUCACUGCACCGAUAUUGACACCCCAAACACCCCUGUCACUCCUGAAGAGAUUGGUUACUGCUACAUGAGGUUCCGUAACAGGAACUCUCGGGGUACCUCCUGCAGUCAAGAGUUGGCUGUGAGGAUGAGCUUCCUCGACUGCUGUUGCUCAGUGGAUCACGCCGAGGGCUGGGGAUUGUCAAGAAGUGACUGCAGUCCAUGCCGGACAGAGAAUGAGGAGCUUUACCGAAGACUGUGCGAAGGUGUAGGAGAACUUACCACACCCCAGCCGAGGAGAACGCCCAACCCACAGACCAGGACCGAUGGACCUGGAGUGGUAACACUGACCCCACCCACAGUCACCCCUCCACGAAAGAUCACGCCCCGCCCUGAAGGGAUCUGUCUCAUGGUGCCUAACAUAUGUCGCAAUGGUCUGUGCGUGUCCCUGGGGGGAGUCAUGGAAUAUCGUUGUGAAUGCUUUGAGGGGUAUGAGAAUGCUGGCAGGUACACAUGCCAAGAUAUCAACGAGUGCCGAGACAGGUCCCUGUGUAGGUAUGGAGCUUGUGAGAACACAGAUGGGAGCUUCCGUUGUGUGUGCCCCAGUGGAUAUAAGUUAUCUCUCGAUCAGAGGUCAUGCGAAGAUGUGGAUGAAUGCCGUACCAACCCUAAUGUGUGCCACCACGGUACAUGUAUGAACAUUGUCGGCUCCCAUACAUGUGAUUGCUUCGAGGGCUAUCAGAAAUCAAUAGAUGGACGUUACUGCAUUGAUGUUGAUGAAUGCACAUUGGGCUCACAUAGAUGUAGGAAUGCAGAAUGUGAGAAUCUUCCCGGUACCUAUGAAUGUAUCUGUACUGAAGGCUAUGAAGCUAUUGGAUCAUCAGGCGUCUGCAUUGAUGUGAAUGAAUGUGCUCAGGAGACCAAUCCAUGUCCUCUGGGUUUCUGCAUCAACACGUUGGGAGGCUAUCAAUGCCAGUGCCCUGUGGGUUAUGCAACAGGACAGGAUGGCACCUGCGUCGAGAACCGUCGUGGCUUCUGUUUCUUGGACGGAGACCUUGGCCGAUGCACCCACCAGUCUAUGGGUCAGAUGACCAUCUCAUCCUGCUGCUGUAGUGCUGUCCUACUCCAAGAGGCCCUGAGCUGGGGACCAAACUGUGAAUCCUGCCCCCCGCAGGGUACGCUGCAGUUUGAGCAGCUCUGUAAACAUGGCACCGGGUGGACAAGCCAGAGAAUCAAUAUCAAUGAGUGCACACUGUUCAACAACCUGUGUGACAAUGGCGUCUGUGAGGACUUGACUGGUAACUACAAGUGUAGAUGUAACUCUGGAUUCCAGCCCCAAGCUGAUGGCAAGGAGUGUAUUGAUGAGAAUGAGUGUUCUUACAACAGACUACUCUGUCACAAUGGUGCGUGUAGAAACACCCCAGGAAGCUUUGUGUGUGAAUGCCCAGAUGGCUAUGAAUUGGAUGCAAGGAGCUCAGUUUGUCAAGAUGUCAACGAGUGUCAGAAUCCAAGUCUUUGCAACAAUGGUCGCUGUAUCAACACCAGAGGGAGCUAUCGAUGUGAAUGUAUCUAUCCCGGCACUGAAUUAGACCCCACUGGAACCAUUUGUGUCGAUAACCGCAUUGCCACUUGCUGGACCCGCAUCAGUAACGGUCAGUGCGAGGCUGACAUCAUGGGACCAAUGAGGAGAGAUGAAUGCUGCUCUACCUUUGGCCGAGCUUGGGGUAGUCCCUGCGAAGCCUGCCCUCUUGCUUUCGGUGACUGUCCUCGGGGCUUCUCUGAGAUCAACAGUGAAUGUGUUGAUCUGAACGAAUGUGAACUCAACCCGAUGGUGUGCAACAAUGGGCUAUGUGAGAACACUAUGGGCUCCUACCGAUGUGUAUGUGAAGAGGGACUCACCCUGGAUACCUCCGGAAGAAACUGCGUCGACCUGCGUUCUUACGAGUGCUUCUUGGACUACUCUGAAGGCCAGUGUUCCAGUCCUAUCCCGGGUCUCUACAGGAACUCUGUAUGCUGUUGUUCAUUGGGCUACUCUUACGGUGACCAGGGAAGAUGCUAUGAGUGCCCACAGGAGGGCAGUGUUGAGUUUGAUGUCUUAUGCCCAAGAGGACGUGGUUUUGCUGAUACCAGGCCGCGCCCUGAUCUUUUGGAUGGCACUGUCUACAUCAAUGACAUCAAUGAAUGCAACGCAUAUGAUGGAAUCUGUAAAUAUGGAGAAUGCACCAACAUCAUUGGAUCCUAUGACUGUGUAUGUGAUGUAGGCUUUGCUAUGGAUGAGUUUGGCUAUCAGUGUGUGGACAUUGAUGAGUGUCGAAUCACAUUUGGUGCCUGUGGGAAUGGAUCCUGUGAGAAUACUCCUGGAGACUUCAGGUGUAACUGCUAUGAAGGAUUUGAAGCUCAUCCAGUUAUGCGCUCAUGCAUGGAUAUAAACGAGUGUGAGACAGUACCAGGUCUCUGCCGAGGUGGCUCCUGCACUAACUUACCAGGAAUGUUCAGAUGUGACUGCCCCUUGGGACAAGAGCUGACACCAGAUGGACAGGCUUGUAGGGAUAUCAAUGAAUGCUCCAUCAGCACAGGUAUUUGCUCCAACGGUGAAUGCCACAACAUCGUUGGUACCUACCGAUGCAUGUGCAAUCCGGGAUUCAGGCCAACAGCAAACUACAGGGCGUGUGAAGACAUGAACGAAUGUGAUAUGGACAAUGGUGGCUGCGAUCAUAACUGUGUCAAUUCACAAGGAAGUUAUGAAUGCCAGUGCCAAUCUGGAUAUUCAUUGAGAGUCAACGGCAGAACAUGUGUUGAUAUUGAUGAGUGUGCUGACAACCCUGAUAUCUGUGGUGGUGGACAGUGUGAGAAUCAAGAGGGAGGCUACCUAUGUGAUUGCUUCGUGGGUUUCAGACCAGCAGAUGACUUCAGGAGCUGUCUAGAUAUUGAUGAAUGUAGUACAGAUGCUGGUGUCUGCGUUGCUGGUGUUUGUAAGAAUACCCGGGGUUCAUUCACCUGUCAGUGCUUUGAAGGAUACUCUAUGAAACCAGGCAUUCCUGGAUGCUCAGACAUUGAUGAAUGCAUGCUACAGAUGCACCAGUGUGCCAUCAACUCACAGUGUGAGAAUACCAUCGGCUCGUUCCAGUGUCGCUGUAACCCAGGCUUCAUCGUUGAUGAGAAUGCUAACAUCUGUAUAGAUGUGGAUGAGUGUGAAAGCUCCAACCAUGACUGUCAUGAAGAUGCUCGCUGUGUGAACAUCCCUGGCUCCUACCAGUGUCAAUGUAAUCAAGGAUUCAUUGGAGAUGGUCUUUCGUGCAUAGAUGUGGAUGAGUGCAUGCAGAACCAAGCCCUGUGUGUCAAUGGGCAAUGUAUCAACAAUCCCGGUGGUUAUGUGUGUGAAUGUGAAAUGGGAUUCUAUCCAACCGAGCGCAGAGACAGCUGUGAAGACAUUGACGAAUGCUCCAACUUCCCGGAUAUCUGUGUGUUUGGUCAGUGCAUCAAUGUACCAGGAACCUUCCGAUGUGAAUGCAACCCAGGAUAUAUGCUGGAUAUAGGAGGAGGCAAUUGCACAGAUGUGAAUGAAUGUGAGGACCCUGGCACAUACUGUGUUAGUGGCCUCUGCACCAACAGCAUGGGAUCCUACGUCUGUGAGUGUCCUCCAAACUGGGUGCUAUCUCGUGAUGGAACAACUUGUGCUGAUGUGAGAACCGGUUUGUGCUACGCCCAUGGCCCAGGGGCGGAGUCUCGACUUGAUGUGAACGAAUGCAGUCUCCUUCUUGGUACCAGUAUCCCAAGGACUAAAUGCUGUUGCUCAGAACUUGGCAAAGGCUGGGGAGAUCCAUGUGAGCUGUGUCCUCUAGUCAAUACCACUGAAUUCUUCUUGCUCUGCCCAUAUGGAAUCGGUGUACAUAUUGAUCCUAAUGCCACCCGCCCAGUCAAUGAAAUCAACCAGUGCCGGGACUUCCCCAACAUUUGUCGCGGUGGAGAGUGCCAGCAGGUAGAGGGAUCCUUCAGAUGUGUGUGUCCUACAGGAUACGAGUAUGACUUUGAACAGAUGAUGUGUAUUGACAUUGAUGAAUGCCAGCUGAGUGCUUAUAUAUGUGGAGCAGGGACGUGUAUGAAUAUGGAAGGCAGUUAUACCUGUAUGUGUCCAAUGGGAUUCAUGUUCAUGAACAUGCCUACAGGAAAGAACUGCAUGGACAUCCGAGAGUUGACAUGUUACAUGUCCUACAACCAAUCAGCGUUCCCACUGCCAGAGUGUGGGAGUCCAUUGAUGACGAGUCUCACCAAGAAAGUGUGCUGCUGCAGUGCACUCAUGGCUUCGGCAUGGGGAACUAGGCAGGAGUGCUCUCCUUGUCCAGCUCAUAUGACAGAGGAUUAUUACAGGAUGUGCGGUGCGACUUCACCUGGCUUUGUUGUAAAUCCCGAAACUGGCCUUCCUGAAGAUGUGGAUGAGUGCAGGCUUAUAGAUGGUAUCUGUGCUAAUGGUAUCUGUGUGAACACACCCGGAAGCUUCCGUUGUGAUUGUCAACCAGGCUACAGGGCAAACAUGGCUACACAUAUCUGUGAAGACAUUGAUGAAUGCUUUGAAGGCAUGCAUCGAUGUGUAGGAAACUCCAUCUGUAGGAACACACCCGGCAACCAUGAAUGCAUCUGUCCUCCUGGAUACCAACUUUCUGUUUCCAGAUUAUCCUGUGAUGAUAUUAAUGAAUGCUUGACCAGACCUGGUACCUGUAUAAACGGCCAGUGCACCAACCAAAUUGGCUCCUUUGUGUGUGUCUGUGACCAAGGCUUCCAACUCUCUGCAGAUGGGACCCAAUGCAACGAUAUUGAUGAGUGCUUCCGUUUCCCAGACCGAUGUGGAAACGGCACCUGUCAGAAUGUGGUGGGAGACUUUGCCUGCAGCUGCAACAGAGGCUUUGAACUCACUAUCAAUGGAGACUGUGCAGAUAUCAACGAGUGUGCAACGAUGCAAGGCACAUGUCCCAACGGUCGGUGUGUUAACACUCCAGGCAGCUUCUUCUGUGAUUGUGUUGAGGGAUACGUUCUAUCUCUAUCAGGACUCCGAUGUGAAGAUGAGAAUGAAUGUAUCUCGAGGUUGAAUAUCUGCCAGAAUGGUCGCUGUGAUAAUACUAUUGGAAGCUUCAGGUGUUCCUGCUUCGAUGGUUUCCAACUUUCACCUUCUGGUCAAGAGUGUAUCGAUACCGAUGAGUGUGUGAUUAUUCCUGACAUGUGUCGCAAUGGUGUUUGUCAGAACACUCAAGGAAGUUUCCAGUGCACCUGUCCUCCAGGCUACCUACUCAGCAGUGAUGGGCUCAUCUGUAUAGACAUGCGUAGGAGUUACUGCUACAAUGACUUUGUCGGUGGCCAGUGUACUGAUGCUAGGGCAGGCAAUGCCACUCGUAAGGAAUGCUGCUGUUCUCUUGGCGCUGGCUGGAGUAGUCCCUGCAAUCUAUGCCCAAGACCCUCAGAUGCAAGCUUCACUGAACUUUGCCCUGAUGGUCCUGGUUACGCACCGAGCUUGACCCCUGACCUCUACGAAGACAUCAACGAGUGCAAGGUGUUCCCUGGAAUCUGUGAGAACGGUAUAUGUAUCAACACAGACGGGUCCUAUCGUUGCCAAUGCCAACCUGGAUUCAUCCUCGAUACCACUGGUCGCAUCUGUGUCGAUCGCAAUGAGUGUCAAGAGAAUUACAAUGUGUGUGGCUUCAAUUCCACCUGCUACAACACUCUGGGAUCCUUUGAAUGUAACUGUGGAGAGGGAUACCAAGUAGGAAGGAGAGGAACCUGUGAAGAUAUCAAUGAGUGCCGUCGAAGGAGAGGCCAGUGUGCAUUCCGCUGUCAGAACCUGCCUGGAUCCUUCCGGUGUCUCUGCCCUAAUGGAUACACCCUCACUGAUGAUGGCAGGCAUUGUAGAGAUUUGGAUGAGUGUGAUACUAACCUUAACACCUGCCGCUACCGCUGCAAGAAUCUCAUCGGCAAGUUCAUGUGCCAGUGUGAUGAAGGCUACACACCGAUUGGUGGGGAUGGAAACAACUGCAGAGAUAUCAAUGAAUGUAUCACCAACCAUGGUGUCUGUCAGAAUGGACGCUGCAGGAAUACAGAAGGCGGCCACACGUGUAUCUGCAACCAAGGAUUCACACUUGGUCCCUCUGGCAAAGACUGCAUAGAUCGACGCACAGGUUUCUGCUACGCCUACGUGCCACCCAGUGGAUGCGAGUCCAGCCAGGGAGGUAUGCAACCAGUCACUAUGGAAUCAUGCUGCUGCAGUGGCGGAAGGGCUUGGGGAUCCACGUGCCAGAUAUGCCCUGUAUAUGGAACAAUUGAAUACAACCGCCUCUGCACCGCCACCACGCCAGUGGAUCCAUGUCAGAUCGUUCAGGGCUUGUGUGAAAACGGGCACUGUCUGGGAGGCUCCGGUGGAUACCUUUGUCAGUGUAAUCCAGGAUACAUCCUUAGCCCAGAUGGCACAAGAUGUGAAGAUGAGAACGAGUGUAACCGUGCACCUCCUCCAUGUAGCUACCAGUGUAAGAACACUCCAGGGAGCUUUAGAUGUGGCUGCCCUCAGGGUUAUCUACUCAGUGAAGAUGGACUCACAUGCAGAGAGAAAGACGAAUGUUCAAUGGGAAUCCAUGAAUGUCAGUUUGAAUGCAGAAACACUCUAGGCGGCUUCCGAUGUGUGUGUCCAGAAGGAUAUAUACAACAUGGAUCUACAUGUAUAGAUGUGAAUGAGUGUAUACAGACUCCAGAUAUUUGCGGUGCAUACGGUACUUGUCAGAACACACAGGGUGGGCAUAGGUGCGAAUGCCAGAGAAACUUCCGACCAGAUCCAUCCACUAACACAUGCGUCGACAUCAAUGAAUGUGAGGAUCAACCAGACAUUUGUCAGUAUGGCUGUCAGAAUACCAUUGGUGGGUACAGAUGUGUGUGUCCAGAUGGCUUUGAAGAAAACUUCUAUGGAAGGUGUAUUGAUAACAAUGAGUGCAGACAGUCCGGUAAAUGUGGUCAAGCUACAUGUUAUAACACUCAGGGUAGCUACCAAUGCGGAUGCAACAAUGGAUAUGCAUUUGAUCAACAGAAUCUUGCUUGCAAUGAUGUGAAUGAGUGUCAAGGGUCAUAUGGCAAUACGAACAGUCCAUGUCAGUAUAGCUGUGAUAAUACAGAUGGUAGCUUCUCCUGCGGCUGUCCUCCAGGGUACACCAGCGUGGUGCAGGGAGCUUGUGUGACAGAUCGAGACUCUGUCCAACCGUGCUACAGCUGCAAUAGACAACCAAGACAGCGCAGAAGUGCUACAGAGACUAACGACAAGGAAUCAACACUGAUAUCCAACAACACCGCCAUCCUGUAUCAUAUCCCGCUCUCCAAAGCCGUCCCCAAGCAACAAAUCGCUAAAUUCAAGACCGGCUACACCAGGAUCGUGGCCCGCUACGAGUACGUCAUCCUGAGCGGUAAUGAAGACAACAUCUUUAUGAUGAAGAAGAAAUCUGAUGGCAUGUCCCUGCUACGAUUCAGCAAACAUGUGAAGGCCACGGGUCUCUAUGAACUUGAAAUUGAAGGUGUGCUGAAAAGGAAAAAUGACACGAUAUUAGCUGAAGUUCAAACUGUAGUAGAGGAACCUGUUGCAAUGCAGAUUCAAGUUCAAAUAGUAGCAGAUGAAGAAGAAUAGAGUGUCUCCCAGUAGUUAUUAUGUUUUUCAUAAUUGUUUUGGCUUAAAUAUUGAUUCAGAAUUGCUCUAUCCAACAAGGAUAAUGCAUGGAAAACAUACCAAUAUGUGAUGGAUACGGUAUAGCACGUCACAUAUCAAGACUCUAAAGUAUGUAGGUUAGAUAGAAGAGUUACUAGACAAGCAGAGGAUAAGAGAGAGUUUUGCUUACUCAACAACAAAAAAAGACUUAUCGGUAUCUGGUUUCCGUUUGUUUGAGUGGCAAAUAUGAAUAAGUAAUUUCGGAUGAUGAAAUUGAAUUUUUAACACAAAAUUUGGAGACUUAAGAAAUUCCUGAUUUUUUAAUAUUUAUCUGUAGAAUGAUUUUAAAGAUAAUCAUUACGGUUAACAAAAACCAAUACGAGAGAGAAAGGAAUUAAUAUUCGUGGUGCAUCAUUUGGGUAAUUAUUACCAGUGAUCCUGUUUAUGCAUGUAAUAACACGAAACAAUUCUGUACACUUAUUAUAAUUAAAGCGAAGGGUAUAUGCAGUAUUAUUCGGGUUAACAGAUAAGGCUGACAUUAAGUAACGUAGCAAAAUACUCUUGACAUGCUCAAAUGCUGCCUAAUCUUCAUAUGUGUGCUAUUUCUUUCAAUCACCUGUUGUAUUAUAUGUACUGUAGGUAGGACUAUAUAUAUAUGGGUUAUGGGCUGGGAGCGUUAUGACUAAAAAAAACAUUUGUAUCAUUGUGUUUGUCUAUUAUGUAGUAGAGUUUUAGAUACGUAAAUAUUCAGUCAUGAAAAAAGAAGGUAUAUCACCAAUAAUGAUGAUUAAUACAAGCUUGCUUAAAGAGUGAGUGUAUUUUUUAAAACUAAUAUGCAUGUACAGUUAUUAAUAUGUGUUUUUGUUUUCAUUUAUCUAACUUAUCAGUAGAUGGCUAUAUCGGGCAUUCUUUUACCCGGAUAUGUCUGUUUUUUACUCAUUUAAUGUAAAAAGAGCAGUUGAUAUGAUUCGUAUUCCAAAGGUGCCUUCAGUAAUCAUUAGUGUCUUAUAUGGAAUAUGAUUAUCGAGCAAUAAAGAAAACAAAGUUUGAUGAUGAAAAAUGAUCUUCCAUUUUCUAACUAUGACAAAUAUUGUUCACUUUUCAAACAAUUAUAGCUACAUAAAACAAACAGUACAUUGUGAGCCUUCAAGCACAUUGUUUUUUGAGAAACUUGUUGAAUUCAAGUCGAACCAUUCCAUUGAUUAGCCCAAACAUUCCGCAUCUAAUUAACUCAAAGUGAAGUAUUACAAUGCACUGCACAUCAUGUUUGCUGUCAACUAUGCAAGGCCUCCUCUACUUUAAUCAUAUUGAUUUUGUAUCCAAAUUAGCUGUGGGUUGUGGGAUAGAAAUUAACUCAAACAUUUAACACAUAAUGAAUGUGAUUAUUUGUCAAAGAUGUCUGUGCUUGCUUUUUAGAGGCAAUAUUUAUGUAAUAAUAAUAAUGUUUUGCAUAGAUUUAUUCUUCCAAAUAGCAUGGACAGAACCAUCAUAAUUUAUACAUGUAUCUACACAUGGCAAAAUGAAUGAGGAAGUAAACUAUGUCAUCAAAAGUAAUCGUGGAAUUGAUAGAACAGUGUUUAUAGCUUUAUCCUCUUUCUCCAUGCAGUCACUGUCAUUGUGGGGAAAACCAUUCUAUUCUAACAUGAGUACGAUGAAGAAGAAGGACAAAUUAUUCAUCAUUGUCAUUGUGUUCAGAUACAAGCAAGGAUGCCAAGAUAUGAACUCAAGACACUAUCUGAAAAGAUUGUUGUACUUUAGAGUCAUUAAGUGAUAACAAUAUUCAUUGUAACAGUCUCACAAACAAAGGUGUACAUGUAAUAAAUUGCGUGAAUAAAUAAUAAAUGAAACAGUUUUAUGACUUGAAAA